AGAGGAGGAAAAUGGCGGCUUCUUCUGUGUGCCGGGCGGGCGGUGCUGCUGGUAGGUCCUUCUUUCGGGCCUGCCGCUCGCCAUCUCUUUUGAAGCUGCCUGCAACUCGUAGCACUGCUUCCUAUGUCCAGGCACUCCAAAACAUUCCAGAGACUCAUGUCAGCACUCUGGACAAUGGAUUCCGUGUGGCAUCAGAGAACUCCAAUCAGCCUACCUGCACAGUGGGUGUGUGGAUUGAUGUAGGUAGCCGUUAUGAAAAUGAGAAGAACAAUGGAGCAGGAUACUUUGUGGAACAUCUUGCAUUUAAAGGCACAAAGAAUCGCCCUGGUAAUGCCUUGGAAAAGGAAGUGGAGAGCAUGGGGGCCCACCUCAAUGCUUACAGCAAUCGGGAGCAUACAGCGUACUACAUCAAAGCCUUGUCCAAGGACCUUCCCAAAGCUGUAGAAAUCUUGGCUGACAUCGUGCAGAAUUGCAGCAUGGAGGAUUCUCAGAUUGAGAAGGAGCGAGAUGUCAUUCUUCGGGAGAUGCAAGAGAACGACAAUUGCUUGCGUGAUGUUGUGUUUGAUUAUUUGCAUGCAACCGCCUUCCAAGGCACUGCACUUGGUCAGUCUGUUGAAGGAUCCAGUGAGAAUGCCAAGAAAUUGACCCGGGCAGAUCUCACUCAGUUUAUUAAUAUUCACUAUAAGGCCCCUCGGAUGGUUCUGGCUGCUGCAGGAGGUGUGGAGCAUAAGCAGCUGGUAGAUCUUGCCAGUCAGCACUUUAGCGGAGUCCCCGUGGAGUAUGCAGAGGAUGCAGUGCCUGUCCUUCCCUUGUGCCGUUUCACUGGAAGUGAGAUCCGACACCGAGAUGAUGGUUUACCUCUGGCUCAUGUUGCUUUUGCGGUGGAGGGACCUGGCUGGUCCAAUCCAGACAAUGUCGCCCUCCUUGUUGCCAACUCUAUCAUUGGUCAUUAUGACCUUACCUAUGGAGGAGGCCCGCAUCAAUCCAGUCCUCUGGCCGCAGUUGCUGCAGCGAAUAAAGUCUGUCAGAGUUUUCAGACCUUCAACAUCUGCUACUCAGAAACGGGUCUUUUUGGAAUCCAUUUUGUCACUGAUAAAAUGAAUAUAGAUGACACAAUGUUUUUUGCACAGGGCCAGUGGAUGCGCCUGUGUACCAGCGCGACAGAAAGUGAGGUGACCAGAGGCAAGAACAUCCUGAGAAAUGCCUUGUUGGCCCAACUGGACGGUACCACCCCAGUAUGUGAGGACAUUGGACGCAGCCUCUUGACCUAUGGCCGCCGCAUUCCCUUGUCGGAGUGGGAAAGCAGGAUCGCUGCUAUUGAUGCCAUCACCGUCCGGGAAGUUUGCUCUAAAUACAUAUAUGACCAGUGCCCUGCAGUUGCUGGAAUUGGUCCCAUCGAACAACUCCCAGAUUAUAACCGCAUCCGCAGCGGCAUGUUUUGGCUUCGCUUUUAAACUCCAAGCUCACCCAAGGGCAGGAAUAGUGACAUCGUGGUCCACGGAGGCCCUUCUAGGAAAGUCUGUCUCUUCCUCCCUCUCUCCCUCCCUCCCUCUCUCUCUUUCUUUCUCUCUCUUGCUAAAUGUCCUUUCCUGGUUAACUGAAUCCAGAUCAUGGAGGGGAGAGGGGAUGUGGGGGCAAACAAACCAAAAGCUGUAAUCACUUCUAAAUAAAAAUAAAUUAAAUUGGA